CCCUAGGUGGCUCUUUUUAAUGCAGUAGUGCCAUUAGCUGGCUGAAGACUAAACAUGAGAAUAGCAGGUGCUGCAAAGUUGGUAGUAGUCGUAGCAAUAUUUUUAUUGACAUUUUAUGUCAUAUCUCAAGUGUUUGAAAUAAAAAUGGAUGCAAAUUUAGGACACAUAUUUGCUAGAUCAGCACUGGAUGCAGCUGCACGCUCUACAAAACCUCCAAGAUACAAAUGUGGGAUCUCUAAAGCUUGUCCUGAAAAGCAUUUUGCGUUCAAAAUGGCAAGUGGAGCAGCGAAUGUAGUUGGACCUAAAAUUUGUGUAGAAGAUAACGUUUUAAUGAGUGGAGUUAAAAAUAAUGUUGGCAGAGGAAUAAAUGUGGCCUUGGUCAAUGGUAAAACAGGAGAACCAUUAGACACUAAAUUCUUUGACAUGUGGGGAGGAGAUGUGGCACCGUUUAUUGAAUUUCUGAAGUCUAUCCAGGAUGGAACGAUAGUGUUAAUGGCAACAUAUGAUGAUGGUGCAACUAAGCUUAAUGAGGAAGCACGGAAACUGAUCGCUGAAUUAGGAAGCACAUCUAUUACUAACCUUGGCUUUAGAGACAACUGGGUCUUCUGUGGUGGAAAAGGAAUUAAGACUAAAAGUCCAUUUGAACAGCAUAUAAAGAACAACAAGGACACAAACAAGUAUGAAGGCUGGCCAGAAGUUGUUGAGAUGGAAGGGUGUAUCCCUCAGAAGCAAGACUAAAUGAAAACAAAAGGAAAGGAGAAAGAAUAUGGAAGAAAAUCCUCUUUCUGCUAUCAUUAGGGAGAGGGCUAUGAAGGAGACUAUACUGUAAAUAAUAUUUUUAAAGCAUGCAACCAUCUUGUCGGUGUGUGCAUGAGCACUGACAUUUUGAAUAUUGAGAUUAUUUAUUGCUAACACACAUAGAAAUCCUUUUUGUAAAUAUGUCCAAACUAAAAGAAACAUCAAAUCAUUUCUAUGCAGGUUUCUUAAAAGCACACUAGUUUGUCUGUGGUAAAUAAUAUCUUGUAGAUCGACUGGUUAAUAAAAUGCAUAUGCAGGUAAUAAACAGAUCCUGACAAAUGUUACACUGUUCUCUUAACAGCAUAAUGUUGCUGUGAGUAUGUAACCUUUGUGGAAUAUUGUAGAUUUUAGUGAUAAGUUAAUAAAAAGCUUUAAUUUUUUUUAUCCUCUGCCUUUUUAAUGGCAGCAUCACUUUUUAUUAAAGCUAUUUGGUUAUUCUAA